AGUGCUUUGUAGCCGUUAUACAUGUAGGAUGAUGUACAUGGCCACGUAGAUUCGCCGGUCUACUGUUUUCAACAAAAAUGACGAAAGACAGGCAUCUAAGACAGAGGCAAAUCAAACGCGAAUCUAUCAUACACGGAAGACCUGUGGAAUCAAAAACAAAAUCGUCCCAGGACACAAAUAAGAUCAUUUUAGCCGCAGUUUGCAUGAUAGCUGCGUUAUGUGGUUUUGGUUAUUUUAGAUACCAGAUGUACUUAAGGGAGCUUGUGAAAACUCCGCUUUACUCUCCAACAGUGUUGACUAAGGAUAGCACAAGUGCCGCGUCAGAUCCGGACAGGUUCUGGGGUACUUACCGAGCUAAUACCUACUUUGGGCUGCGUACUAGAAGCCCAAAGUCACCAUUAUUCGGAAUGAUGUGGCUGAACCAGCAAACUCAGCAGAUGCCUCCACCAAUAAGACAUUGGUGUGAUCAGGGUGACAAAUUACAUAAGUAUGGAUGGCUAAAACAUGAUGGGAGACAUUUUGGAGUUCAAGAAAUACACGAUGGAGACUUCAAAGUGACCACCUCGUUUGUGAAAAGGCCUGGAGGCAGCCAUGGGGGAGACUGGACAGCCUACAUUGAUGUCUCUAAUACCACAACUCGGCCGGGACUGGUCUCAUUGAUGUUCUACGUUGCCCUUGAUGAUCAGGGCCAGCUGCAACCAGUCUUAGCGAAAAAUUCUCCACGAAUCAAUGCCAUAAAUGGGUACACGCAGGAUCUUGGCCAUUUUAAAUUGACGUUUCCAAAGUCCACAGGAUCCACUCUGCGGCACAAUUAUCUCAUUACUUUAGCACCUGGGGUUAAUAAACUAAAGGAGGCCCUAAUAAAAGGUAUUAAAGUCGAGGCCUGGGAUAAAGCAAGAAAAGUUCCCUUCUUUGUGCUGGGAGGGGACCAGGUAUCCUCAGAUGCGGAGAGUGGGCCAAAUUUCAUGGUUCACCAAAUCACUGCAGAGUUGCCGUUCUCGAUGGAGGUUCUGUUUGAGUCGGCAAGCAAUGUUGACAGGCCCAACCAUUUACAGGGGGACAUUUUUCAAUCCUUGCUUAGUGAGCAUUCUCAGAAAUUUGAAAACAAGUUUACAAACACAUUUCAACUGCAGAAAAAAGGGUUUUCUGAUGGUCAGAUCGAAUUUGCAAAAGCAGCUUUAAGUAAUAUGCUUGGAAGCAUUGGAUACUUUUAUGGCAGCUCUUUAGUUCAGUCAGUUUAUAACGAGGAACCAGUUCCCUACUGGAAUGCCGCUUUAUACACUGGCGUGCCAUCACGGUCAUUUUUCCCACGUGGGUUUCUUUGGGACGAAGGCUUUCACAAUCUAUUGAUCAGCAAAUGGGAUCCAGAGAUCUCAAAGGAUAUUGUUUCCCACUGGCUGGACUUGAUGAACACUGAAGGAUGGAUACCGAGGGAGCAAAUUCUUGGAGCAGAAGCGAGGGACCGUGUUCCAGCGGAAUUCGUAGUUCAGAGAAACCAGAACGCAAAUCCACCUACUCUGAUCCUUCCACUUAAAACACUGGUUCCGUACAUUCUGCAAAGUGAGACAGAAGAGCAAUCUUUAAAGCGAAUCCUGCCCAGAUUGAAGACUUGGUUUAACUGGUACAACACCACGCAGCUCGGACCAAUACCAUUCACUUAUCGGUGGAAGGGAAGGGACAGGAAAACUGUACGGGAACUGAACGCAAAAACGCUAACCUCUGGGUUGGACGAUUAUCCACGAGCCUCUCAUCCCACAGACGAUGAGUAUCAUGUGGAUCUCCGUUGUUGGAUGGCACUGUUUUCUGGCCUGAUAGCCGACAUCAGCAAGUCAAUUGGUGAAGACGCAACUGCAUACGAGUCCACACAUGCUCUCCUUUCAGAUAAUGGCUUGCUUGAUGAAUUGCACUGGUCGGAAAAGAAACAGCAGUACAGCGACUACGGGCUCCACACUGACAAAGUGAAGCUUGAGAAACCCCAACCUAAACCGAAUCAACCGCCAAUGCACUUGGAGAAAGAACGAGUUGUGUACAGUGACCCACAGCUUGGGUUUGUGAACGCUUUUGGUUAUGUGAGCUUGUUUCCAGUGUUAUUGAAAAUCCUUGAACCUACCUCACCAAAAUUAUUUAAAAUUUUCACAGAUAUACGCAACGAAAAACUUGUGUGGACCGACUUUGGUUUACGCUCGCUGGGUCAGACAACGCCCUUGUAUAAUCGUUACAAUACAGAGCAUGACCCGCCAUAUUGGAGGGGUGCCAUAUGGAUCAACAUGAACUAUCUGGCGCUGGGCGCACUAGACUAUUACAGAAAAGCCCCCGGGCCUUAUCAAUCCCAGGCUGACAGAUUGUACGUCGAACUGAGAAACAACCUAAUCAAUAACAUGUAUAAUCAGUAUGUAAAGACUGGGUAUAUAUGGGAGAACUACAGCGACAAGACUGGAGAGGGUAAAGGGUGCCAUCCAUUUACAGGAUGGUCAGCCUUGGUUACACUUAUCAUGUCAGAAGUAUACGAAUGACAUUUACAUGCAUUAGCUAAGGAUGCAUUGUUGUUUAAAUAUUUUAACCUCUUACCCAUGGCAGCUUCUAGAGUGUGUUAUGCAUGUAGCAUUUUUUUAAACAAAUGUACUGAUGUGCCAGUUGACUAGUUUGACACUUAUAUGAACAUUUCAGCCAUGUUAUGGACUAAAGUCAAAAUAAGUUGUAUCCAGACUGUUUAAUAAAUAAAAAGAUUAUUCCCUCACAUUGAUAAAUAUUUUUAAUAAAAUUCACCCCUUUAAAAAAGAGGUGUAUUAUGGGAACACAUUUGGCAGACAGUAAGCAGCGUCUUGAACGAUGUUAGCUCAUUAAUAAAACAAUUUAAAUCAUCAUGAGACUUUUUAUAUGUGUGUUUUUUUUUUAUCUUUACUAGUUUGAUGACCAGCCAGAUCACUUGAAGCACUUGUAAAAUAUUGCCUUUGAAUAAUAAUAUUGUCUGCUUUCUUAACUCACAAAGUUUGAAGGCAAUCCUCAUGAAACAUGGUGAUUCUGUUUGCUGGCAUAAAGGCCAGUUGCAUCAAGGUCAAGGUCACUGUUACUUAAAAAAACAACACCUGCAGACCUUUGGUUCAAAAAGCAAUAUCUUAAAUAUUGAAAAUUUGGUGUUCAUGUUUUUGUAUUUUAUUAAUUGCAUUUACAUGUAAAUGUAUUAUGAUUAAAACACAUUUUCAAGUCAUGUGUGUAAACAAAAACAAACAUUAACAACAAAGGGAUACAUGUAAUGUUUCUCUUGUUAUAACAAUUAGUCCAGCAUCAGAGUCUGUUUUCAAUCUGUUGAUGGAUAUUUUGUGUUUAUUUAUAUAACUGCAAAUAACUAGAGAUUAAUAUUAUAUGUUAACAAAUCUUAUUUGUGUAUUUCAAGAAAUAUUCCCUGGUCAAUUGUGUAUCAUGUUUUAUUUAUUCAAGAUUCUCAUGUAAUUUCAUUUUUAUUUUACUUUGAAGUCCAGUUUUUAUUAAGUGCCAAGGAUGUGCAUGAAAUCAAAUUUGCAUUGCACAUCAUGUUCAUGUUUUCAUGUAAUGUUGUAAUUUAUUAUAUUUUGGUAUGCUGGUGUGUUUUUUAUGAAGGGAUAAGUAAAAGAGUUGUAAAAUAUUAAUUUGAAUAAAAUGCAUUUCUAAAUUA